AUGUCAAAUGUGGUACCAAAUGUUACCCAGAUAGCUGGUGAAACCCAAGGAUCGGGCGCUACUUCAUUUUUGGACCCAGUUUACCUGUUCAAAGGGAAACUCAGAGCUGCUGCAACCCGCAGUAAGUUCCAUGACUCUGCCGACCUACGAUGGCUGGAAACAUACGCUUUGUCGAUACUUCAAGCGAAUAAGUCUCAGUUCAGCAGCCUCUAUGUAGGGCUUGCUUUGAAACGCUACCCCGAACUUCACCACUGCUUCGAGCGUAUUGGUUUGAAUAUUGACGCUGCCACUAACGCUGCAGCUGCUUACGAUUUGCACCACCUACCACCACCGCAACCAGGUGACGUCCAGAAUGGCUUGCUUGCUACCGGAAACACAUAA